GCUGUGGGGCAGCACCGGGCCGGGCUCCGGCGGGGCCGCCAUGGCCGGGAGCCGCACGCACAAGAUCGGGAGCGUGUUCAGCCGGACGCGGAACCUGGUGCGCCUCGGGCUGCUGGAGAAGCCGCUGUGGCUGGACGUGUACGCCGCGCUGCCGCCGCUGCGGGAGCCCGUGUACCGAGUGCCGCGGCCGCGCUACGGCGGCGCCCGGGACCGCAUCGCGCCCAUCUUCUACCGGGAGGAUUCCGUGCGAGCGAGGUUUUACAAAGUUUAUGGCAAUGGCCCCAGACCUUUCGACCUGACACAGUUAAACUUCAAAUCUACUUGCCAGAGGUUUGUUGAGAAAUACAAUGAGCUGAAGGAAGAAGGGAAGAUUGAAGAGGAGAAGUUGUUUGAAGAAACAGGAAAAGCCCUUUUAGCCAGUGGGAUCAUUUUACAGAGAAGAGGAGUAGAUAAAGUGGCCCAGCAGGAGCAGCAGGGUGCUGGAUCCAGGGCUCCUGCCUUGCAGCUGCAGCUGCAAACGGUGCUGGAGGAGCUGCAGGAGAAGAGGAAGGACGGGAAGGAGCAGCCACCAGAGCUGGCAGGGGCACAGAAGGAGAAUCCCUGUCCCUCCUGACAGCCCUGCUGAGCUGCCAGGAGCCACCCUCCAGCCCUCUUUUGGGACAUUUCCCCGAGGGAACAGGAUCCAUGUGACACAUUCCCCUCUGCCCAGCUCCACACUGAUAAAGUCACAAAUAAUCUUUGUUUUUUAGGGUUCACGACUGUUUUCUGAAAUCGAGUUGCAAAAUACCAAGUCUAAAAGCGGAAAUUUAAAAACAUUUUCUUUAAAAACUGGAAGUUCUGCCUGCUCAGGUGUCUGGUUUGCAGUAGUGAAGAUGUUUCCUGCUGAGGGAAUGGCAGAUCUUGUUUGAUGUAUUCCAGCAGCUGUCUGAAGUGUCAUCUUUUUAUAGCUGAUUGAGGAAAGGUGCUGUUUAUAGAAGUGGUGUAAUGUGCUCUUCCCAUUCCAUCGUUUGCUUAAAUUCAGAGCGGGAUGAGGUGUGGCAGUACCAGAUAAUUGGGAGCUUUGCAGGUUUUUAGUGACUCCUGAUGAAACUGGUCAGCUUUGAAGUGUGAAAAGGGAACGUUCCAGCUGUUUGCUGAGAGAAGGGUGGUGCUGCUUAGGGAACAGUCACUGGCAAGCUGGCUUGGAAAAAAAUAACAACCAAUGUUCCUGGGAUUAGGAGGGAGCUCUUCCUGUGUCUGCAGAUGCAGUGGCUGGCUGAUCUUUCACCAAACAUUUUGGCUUGGACUGUAUGAAGAA